GCCGACUGAACGAACUCUCAUAAGGUGAAUACCUAGUUUGUUUGGUGGGGGUGCACCUGACUCAGAGGACAACCAUACGGAAGACCUGAUCUUAUCUCAGGAUUGACUUCCAAACACUCUUGGUAUGUGAGGAAGAAACCUGGAAGAGGAAGAGGAGAGCAAAGGAGUCAGGGAUGGCCCUUUCUCAGGGUCUAUUGACAUUCAGGGAUGUGGCCAUAGAAUUCUCUCAGGAGGAGUGGAAAUGCCUGGACCCUGCUCAGAGGACUCUAUACAGGGACGUGAUGUUGGAGAAUUAUAGGAACCUGGUCUCCCUGGAUAUCUCUUCCAGAUGCAUGGUGAAGGAGUUCUUGUCAGCUGCUCAAGGCAAGAGAGAAGAGUUCCAUACAGGAACGUUGGAAAGACAUGAAAGUCAUCACAUUGGACACUUUUGCUUUCAGGAAAUUGAUAAAGAUAUUCGUAACUUAGAGUUUCAGUGGCAAGAAGAUGAAAGAAAUAGCCAUGAAGCACCCACGACAGAAAUCAAAAAGUUGACUGGUAGUACAGACCGAUAUGAUCAAAGGCAUUUUGGAAACAAGCCUAUUAAAGAUCAGCUUGGAUCAAGCUUUCAUUCACAUCUGCCUGAACUCCACAUAUUUCAGACCCAAGGGAAAAUUGAUAAUCAAGUUGAGAAGUCUAUCAACAAUGCUUCCUUAAUUUCAACAGCCCAAAGAAUUUCUUGUAGGCCCAAAACCCAUAUUUCUAAUAAUUAUGGGAAUAAUUUCCUGAAUCAUUUGUUACUCACACAAAAACAGGAGGUACACGUGAGAAAAAAGUCUUUCCAAUGUAAUGAGAGUGGCACAGCCUUUAAUUAUAGCUCACUCUUAAGGAAACAUCAGAUAAUCCAUUUAGGAGAGAAACAAUAUAAAUGUGAUGUAUGUGGCAAGGUCUUUAAUCGGAAGCGAAACCUAGCAUGCCAUCAUAGAUGUCACACUGGUGAGAAACCUUACAGGUGUAAUGAGUGUGGCAAGACCUUCAGUCAGACGUAUUCCCUUACAUGCCAUCAUAGACUUCAUACUGGAGAGAAACCUUACAAAUGUGAAGAAUGUGACAAAGCUUUCAGUUUCAAAUCAAACCUUAAAAGACAUAGGAGAAUUCAUGCUGGAGAGAAACCAUACAAGUGUAAUGAAUGCGGCAAGACCUUUAGUCAGACGUCAUCCCUUACAUGCCAUCGUAGACUUCAUACUGGAGAGAAACCUUACAAGUGUAAUGAGUGUGGCAAGACCUUUAGUCGAAAGUCAUCCCUUACUUGCCAUCGUAGACUUCAUACUGGAGAGAAACCUUAUAAGUGUGAUGAGUGUGGCAAGACCUUUAGUCAGGAGUUAACCCUUAAAUGCCAUCGUAGACUUCAUACUGGAGAGAAACCUUACAAGUGUAAUGAGUGUGGCAAGACGUUCCGUCGAAUUUCAGCCCUUGUAAUUCAUACGGCAAUUCAUACUGGAGAGAAACCUUACAAGUGUAAUGAAUGUGGCAAGGGUUUUAAUAGAAAAUCACACCUUGCAUGUCAUCAUAGACUUCAUACUGGAGAGAAACCUUACAAGUGUAAUGAAUGUGGCAAGGUUUUUAAUCGAAAAACACACCUUGCACAUCAUCAUAGACUUCAUACUGGAGAUAAACCUUACAAGUGUAACGAAUGUGGCAAGGUUUUUAAUCAAAAAGCACACCUUGCACGUCAUCAUAGACUUCAUACUGGAGAGAAACCCUACAAGUGUAAUGAAUGUGGCAAGGUUUUUAAUCAAAAAGCAAACCUUGCACGUCAUCAUAGACUUCAUACUGGAGAGAAACCUUACAAGUUUAAUGAGCGUGGCAAAGUUUUUAAUUGAAAAGCAAAGCUUUCACAUCAUCCUACAAUUCAUACUGGAGAGAAACCUUACAAGUGCAAUGAGAAACUUUACUAACGUAAUGAUUGUCAUCAAGUCUUCAGUAACGCUACAACCGUUGCAAAUCAUUGGAGAACCCAUAAGGAAGAGCGAUCAUACAAGUGUAAUAAUGGCAAAUUAUUCAGACAUCAUCCAUACCUUGCAGUUCAUUGGCAAACUCAUACUGGAGAGAAACCUUACAAAUGUCAUGACUGAGGCAAGGUCUUCAGUCAAACUUCAUCCUAUGCAAAACAUGGGAGAAUCCAUACAGGAGAGAAACCUCACAAGUGUAACGACUGUGGGAAGGCCUUUAGUCGUGGCUAUCAGCUUAGUCAACAUCAGAAAAUCCAUACUGGCGAGAAACCUUAUGAAUGCAAAGAAUGUAAGAAGGCCUUCCGUUGGGGCAAUCAGCUUACCCAACAUCAAAAAAUUCAUACUGGGGAGAAGCCCUACGAAUGUAAAGACUGUGGGAAGGCUUUUCGAUGGGGCUCAAGCCUCGUUAUUCAUAAGAGAAUUCAUACUGGUGAAAAACCCUAUGAAUGUAAAGACUGUGGAAAGGCCUUUCGGCGUGGUGAUGAGCUCACUCAGCACCAGAGAUUCCACACUGGGGAGAAAGACUACGAAUGCAAAGACUGUGGGAAGACCUUCAGCCGUGUGUACAAACUCAUUCAGCACAAGCGAAUUCAUAGCGGGGAGAAGCCUUACGAGUGUAAAGACUGUGGGAAGGCCUUUAUUUGUGGUUCAAGCCUCAUUCAGCAUAAAAGAAUUCACACAGGUGAGAAACCCUAUGAAUGUCAAGAGUGUGGGAAGGCCUUUACUCGAGUCAAUUACCUUACUCAGCAUCAGAAGAUCCACACUGGUGAGAAGCCUCACGAAUGUAAGGAAUGUGGGAAGGCCUUUCGCUGGGGUUCGAGCCUCGUUAAGCACGAGAGGAUACAUACGGGCGAGAAGCCAUACAAAUGCACAGAAUGUGGGAAGGCCUUCAAUUGUGGCUAUCACCUCACUCAGCACGAGAGAAUCCACACGGGCGAAACCCCGUAUAAAUGUAAGGAGUGUGGGAAGGCUUUCAUUUAUGGGUCGAGCCUCGUGAAACAUGAGAGAAUUCAUACCGGGGUGAAACCCUAUGGGUGUACAGAAUGUGGGAAGAGCUUUAGUCAUGGCCAUCAGCUUACACAACAUCAGAAAACGCACAGUGGGGCAAAAUCCUACGAAUGUAAGGAGUGCGGGAAGGCGUGUAACCACCUAAACCAUCUCCGAGAACAUCAGAGGAUCCACAACAGUUGAAGAGCCUUUUGAACACAGUAGCCCGCUUGUAUCUAUGGUUUCGCUUUCCACAGUCUGUUAUCUGCAGUCAACUGCAGUUCAAAAAUAUUAAAUGGAAAAUUCCAGAAAUAAAGAAUUUGUAAGUCUCAAAUGGUGUGCCCUUCUGAGUAGCGUGAUGAAAUCUCUCGCUGUCCAGCUCCAGCCGGCCAGGGAUGUGACUCAUCCCUUGGUCCAGCACAUCCACGCUGUAUACGCUACCCACCCUGCUAGUGACUUAGUAGCCGUCUUGGUGAUCGGAUCAACUAUCAUAGCAUCACAGUGCUUGUGCUCAAGCAAUCCUUACUUUGCUUAACGGUGGCCCUAGAGAGCAAUAGUAGUGAUGCUGGUGAUUCGGAUAUGCCAAAGAGAAGCCACAGAGUGCUUCCUUUUAAGGGAAAAGGUGAAAGUUCUCAACUUAAAAAAGAAAAGAAAAAAAUUAUGUACUGAGGUUGCUAAGAUCUACAUGACAAUAAGAUAUUUUGGGAGAGAGAUACAUUCACAUAAUUUUAUUACAUAUAUUGUUAGAAUUGUUCUAUUUUGUUAGUUAUUGUUGGUAAUCUCUUACUGUGCCUAAUUUAUAAAUUAAACUUUAGAUAUGUAUGUACAGGAAAAAAUGUAGUAUAUAGUAUCGUAUAUAUGUACAGGAAAAAAAUGUACUAUCUGUGGUUUCAGGUAUCCACUGGGGGUCUUGGAAUGUACCCCCCUCAGGUGAGAGGGGACUGCUGUACAAAGAAUGUAGGAAGGCCUCUAGACUACAUCUAUUCCUUCCUCAACACAAGGAAAAUUCAUGGUACAGUUUAACAUAAGAAAGCCUUCACUGCUCACUGUCUUUUUUGGUUUUUUUUUGUUUUUGUUUUGUUUUGAGACAGAGUCUCACUCUUGCCCAGGCUGGAGUGCAGUGGCAUGAUCUUAGCUCACUGCAACCUCCACCUCCCAGGUUCCAGCAAUUCUCUUGCCUCAGCCUUCCUGGUAGCUGGGAUUACAGGCAUGCACCACCCACACCUGGCUAAUUUUUGUAUUUUUAGUACAGACAGUUUUCACCAUGUUGUCCAGGCUGGUCUCAAACUCCUGACCUCAGGUGAUCCACCCACCUUGCCCUCCCAAAGUGCUAGGAUUAUAGGCAUGAGCCACUGCACCUAGCCCACUGAUCACUCUUCUGCUUACAGAAUAUCAGAAGUCAUUCUAGAGGCAAAUUUGAAGAGUGGAAAAAUCACUUUUUCUUAAUGAUCUUGUUUUUGGUGUAGAUGUUUUUGUUGUGUGGGUUAGUUUAAUGAAUACAUAAAGACUACCAGUACCAUUCUGUCUUUACUCCGUGGCAUCUGUGGAAUAACCCUGCUAAUGUAACACGUGAGAAAGCCUUAGUCAUGUCACCCACUCUACCAGUUUUCCCCACCAUCCCCCGCCCUCCUCCCUGUGAGACACUGGGCCAAAGGCUCACUACCCCUGUGCAUUGUCCGGCACACAGACACUAUGUGCAUUAUUUGUACAUAAGGAUAAUCACAUCUACCCGAGACUGCGAUCAUGGAAAUUAAAUGUUUGGUACAUGUAAAGUCUUUGAAAGUAUAACCGGAAUAUUGUGUAAUUUCAAUAAAUAUUAACUACUGUUGUUUUUAUGAUCAUUACCACCAUUUGUGUUGCCAUUAGUGAAUUUUUACAAGAAAACCCCCUGUGGGUGCAAUGAGUCUGGAAAAGACCAUUGAGUCUUCUAGAAGAAAACAUUAAGAGAUUAUUGGCACAACCGUGGGUUACGCCAUGAUGUCUUAAUACACAAAACACAGCAAACAUAAAAAGUUGUUACACUUCAUCAAAAGUACAAAGUUCUGUUCAUCAAAUGAUGCUGUUAAGAUAGGGAAAAGACAAGAAACAGGACUGGAAGAAGGUGUUUGCUCUACGGUACACCUGACAAAGGAACUCUCACAGAAAAUAUAAAGAAUCCCUCAAGUUGAAAAAAAAUCCAUUUAAAGGGGAGAAAACUUCAGCACGUCUCAGCAGAAGACCACCAAAUGGCCAAUAAGUAAGUGAAAAUGUAUUCAAUGUCUUUGCUCCUCAAGGAAUUGUAGAGUAAAACCAGAAUGUGCUGUCACUCUAGACAGUCACCAGGAUGAUUCAAUUUAAAUCCCAAUAACAAGGUUGAUUUCAGAUGUCUCACCACAAAGAAGAAGGAUAAGGGAGCGAGGUGAUGGAUAUAUUAAUUAGCUUGAUUUAAUCCUUCCACAUUGUAUACAUGUAUCAGAACAUCACAUUGUACUCCAUCAAUAUAAUACAAUUAUUAUUUGUCAAUCAAAUAUUAAUAAAUAAAAUCAAAGAUGA